AUGAAUCCUGUUGGCGUGGAAUCAACAGCAGUAUGCCACAUGGUGGCGAUGCCUUUUCCCGGAAGAGGGCACAUCAACCCUAUGAUGAAUUUCUGCAAGUUAUUAGCUUCAAGAAAACGUGAUAUUCUGAUUUCUUUUGUUGUCACAGAAGAGUGGCUUGGCUACAUCAGCUCUGAGCCAAGGCCAGAUUCUAUACGAUUGGUCACGAUACCUAAUGUCAUCCCACCAGAGCAUCUAAAAGCAGUUGAUUUUCCUGGAUUUUAUGAAGCUGUUAUGACAAAGAUGGAAGCUCCUUUCGAGCAGCUGCUUGAUCGAUUUGAAAUUCCAGUGACUGCUAUAGUUGGGGACAUUGAGGUACGAUGGGCAAUCUGCUUGGGGAAUCGAAGAAAUAUUCCAGUGGCAGCAUUUUGGACAAUGUCGGCAACAUUUUUUUCAAUGUUGUACCAUUUUGAUCUCUUAAAACAGAACCAGAAAUCACCAAUUGAUUUGUUAGAACAAGUGGACUCCAUCCCUGGAAUUUCUUCAUCACAUUUAGCAGAACUCAAAAAAGUCUUCCAAAAGAAUGAUCAAAGAGUAUUGCAGCUGGCCCUAGAAUGCAUUUCAAAGGUGACACAAGCACAGCAUCUUCUGUUCACUUCUAUCUAUGAGCUUGAGCCCCAAGUCAUGGACACUAUCAAAGAUACUUUUCAAUUUCCCGUUUAUCCUAUUGGCCCUGCCAUACCAUACUUAGAGCUUGAAAGCAAUUCGUCAGGAACUAACUAUAGUCAUAUAGUCCCUGACUACCUACAAUGGCUAGAUUCUCAACCUAAAGAUUCUGUCUUAUACAUCUCACUGGGAAGCUUCCUUUCUGUUUCAAGCACCCAAAUGGAUGAAAUUAUUGCUGGGCUUCAAGCUAGUGGUGUUCGAUACUUGUGGGUGGCACGCGGGGAAGCUUCUCGGUUAAAGGAGAUUUGUAAUGAUGAUAUAGGGCUAGUGCUGCCUUGGUGUGAUCAAUUAAAAGUGCUGUGUCAUUCUUCCAUAGGGGGGUUUUGGACACAUUGUGGAUGGAACUCUACGCUUGAAGCAGUUUUUGCUGGUGUUCCAAUGCUUACUUUCCCUCUAUUUUUGGAUCAAGAUCCAAAUAGUAAGCAAAUUUUAGAAGGCUGGGGGAUUGGCUGGAAGGUUAAGAGAGGUCUGAAAGAAGAAAAAUUGUUAACCAGAGAGGAAAUUGCGAAACUUGUGCAGAAGUUCAUGGGUUUGGAAAGCAACGAAGGGAAAGAAACGAGGAGAAGAGCAAGAGAGCUCGGAAAUAUUUGUCAAGCAGCUAUUGCUGAAGAUGGAUCAUCUAUAACCAACCUAGAUGCAUUUAUUAGGGAUAUUUCACUGGGCAUCAGCCACUGA